UGGGCCGAUAUUCGAGCUUGGUGCGCAUACUUCAUUUACUCUUUCGCCGCGCUACAAUGUGUACAAUGGCUGUUGUUACGCCAGAUAUCUUAAAUCACCGUGUUUAUGAUCCUAAAAGCCGUUCGGCAAUUGUCUUAUGUAUGGCUGACGAUAAAUAUACUGAACAGUUUGUGGACCCCAUAUUAGGAUUCAGGUCACACAAGACAGGUACAUCUAAACUCCAGCUGCAGUUAACAAGAAUUGAGCAUCGGAUAUGGGCAUACCAAAAAGAUUUAUAUGCAAGGUCUGUUAACAAAAAUCUUGGUUUAGGUAUGAACCAUGUACACGGUUUGAAAAAGAAAAAGGGUAUGGUGCAAAGAUUGUCUCAAACAUAUUGAUAAAGAAAAAAAAAACUAUAACUGAUCUAGGAGGUCAAUGCUUUUACAUAGCCGAUAAGGAUUUAGUUCCUGGUGAGAAUGAUUUCUCUGUAUUCACCCGUAGUCGAUCAAACAGCCACCACAUAUAUCUCGGCCCAGCAGCUUAUGUCAAUCAUGAUUGUGAAUCAAACUCGGUGUUUUCACCCAUUGGGGAAAAAUCGUAUGUCGGUAUCUCAACUGUAAAAACUAUAUUGCCAGGAGAAGAGAUUACAGUUUUUUAUGGCAAUAAUUAUUUUGGAUAUAAAAAUUCAAACUGUGCGUGUCUUACUUGCGAAAAUAAGGAGAUGGGCAUUUUCAAAA